GGAACCAUACCCAGCCGGCCCCCUUCCCUUACCCAUCUCUGCAAAUCCUUCACCGCAGCAAAGCAACGUCCCGCCAUCACCAAUCAAGAAGUUCUUUCCUUUGGACGAAAUUGUCUAGCCCCGUCGACUAGCCAAAUAUCUGGCCAUUUCUUGCUUCUAUCUAUCGUGAUGGUCCGCUUGGUUGACUUGUUUUGAGGCGAUGCGGGAAGUGGAGUUUGCGAGCUGAGGCAGAGAGAUGGUUCAAGAGGUCACGGUUAUUGGAAUCUGUGAAAUGCAAGGAGGAUUGUGUUAUCAACUUUUUUGCCAUGACUGGUUGAAGAAAAUGAAUCUACCAAAGCAGUAUCGCUGCAUACACUCAACAAAUUGUUCCUGCACGAAAGGACACCUAAAUGAGGAUGCAAUCUUCCUACUUUUUCAGCACUUGAACUGGAAUCCUAAGUUGAUAGCUGCAUUUUCUUGUGCAUGCAAAUGGUUUGAUGAUAUUGCUAAAAGGGUACUAUGGAAGGAGUUUUGUAAGGCAAGAGCUCCUAAGAUGAUGCUUGAUCUGCAAUACAGUGGGAGUCACAUUGUUGAUGGGAACUGGAGGGCACUUGGGAAGCUGCUUAUUUACUGUUCUGGUUCUACCAAGGGUGGCUUGUUCAAUGGUAUUCAUAUUCCUGGUCAUUUUGCUCAUACCACUCGGUUCUCCAGGACUUCAGGGAAAAGCUUUCUUUUACGACAAUGCAGGACAGAUGUUCUGUACGUAUCUGACCCUUGUGAACAUCUGGACCAAGGCGAAGAGGGAGAUGUGGGAUUUUUCCGGGGAAUUUUUAAGUCAUUUGCUACAUCCAAGGUUCGGAAGAUGCUGAUUAAAAGGGGGGCCCAGUUUCAUACAACAGAGGUGUGCCCCUAUUGUAAGGCAAAGCUGUGGAACAUGUUGCAAGCAAAAAUGAUACCACAGAGCGCUAGCUGCAGGUUAGAUGCUUAUGAAGACUGCGUUGAGUAUUAUGUGUGCCUCAAUGGGCACAUGCUCGGGAUAUGCAGCCUGAUGCCAUUGUCUGAUUCAGAAGAGGCUGAUGAUGCGGAGUGAUCCUUGGGACUGAAACCAGGUUCUGAAUCUCACUUGAAAUAUGAGUUUUUGCUCCCGUGAAGCUGAAGCUGGAUCUUUUUGUUGUCGGACAGGCGAACAUGCUUCUGUUCCACAGCUUUUUUCGGUGGAACUAAGAACAAUUGCUUCCCAGGCUGGAAGCAUAUGUCUUUAACCUUUAGCCAUGUAAUGUGAUUCUCGCUGUAUAUUAUAUUAUCACAUUAUAUGUGUUGGUAUCUAUGUGCCAGAUUGCCACAUGCAACUAUAUACAUUGACUUCGUAUUUAUGACAAUCAGUUGAAUGACCUGCCUAUUUA